ACAACAUUGUUCUAGCUUAUGGGCUCACUCGUACUAAGUAUUACUUAUUACGUUGCUCACGUCUAGACAUAUUCUAUUUAAGUUCCAGAAGGCAGUCGGUCGCGUUACUCUGUGGACUUAUCAGUGACCUAGUGAGCUAGUAAUCAACCACAACGUCUCCAGACUCUAUGGACUCAUCUAUCGUCCCCAUUUGGUUCAAUACGGACUAUAUUCAGGACGCAUUGCGAAGUUACCUCAGGGAUGGUGCGAUCAAAGUCGUGAGCUACAAAGCGUCCCCCGCCUCUGCGAGAGGUGAUAAUUACGUUUGUAUUUUAUCCCGAAUCUCCGUGGAAUAUAAGAGCAACUCAAGCAAGGACAUCCAAUCGGGAAGCUACAUAUUAAAAGCUACUUUAAAUAGUGAAAGCAGUUGUAAAGUGAAAGCCGCGUUCGAUAGCUAUGGUACCUACGAUCAUGAAAUAGAAAUGUAUCAUACACAGUUUCCUAAGAUACGAGAUGUGUUGAAUAAAAUUGGAUAUUGUAAGGACUUGGUCCCGAAGACCGUGAAAAUUGACCACGAACAUCAAAGCAUUUUUUUGGAAGACCUCAGUGCCAUGGGUUACAAAAUGGCCAACGUGCGCGCAGGACUAGAUGAGAUCCAUGCGAAAGUUAUUCUUAAGAAAUUAGCUGAGUGGCAUGCAGCUUCGGCUGUCGCUAACGCAGGAAGACCUGGCACUUUCAGAAACUGCGAUAGAGGAAUCUUUAACAAACACUCGAAAGCGUUCGAUUCUUAUUUCAAUUUGAAUUUCGAGGCAUGCGCUCGGGUCGUAAGCAGUUGGGAAGGAUAUGAGGCUUAUGGUGGAAAAAUGAUUAAGUUGCUACCACAUUUCACGGAAUACGGAGUACGAGUCAUGGAGCCAAAAGACCAUCAUUUUAACGUUUUAACUCAUGGUGACUUUUGGUGUAACAAUGCAAUGUUUAAGUAUAACGAGAGUAAUCAACCAGUUGAUGUUAUCCUGUUUGAUCUGCAGUUCUCUAUCUGGGCCUCACCAACCAUCGACCUCCACUACUUCUUCCACACAUCAUUAAUGGACGACCUUCGAUUUAACAACACAGAAGAGUUUGUGUAUUAUUACUAUCAGAACCUAAGGGAGACCCUCCAAGUCCUGAAGUUUUCUGGAAAAAUUCCGACUCUACAUCAAAUCUGGGUUCAGUACGUGGAGACAGCUUUUUAUUGUAUUUAUUCAGCAGUGAUUGCCCAGCCUUCAAUGAUCAAUGAGGAAACAGAAGAUGCGUCCCUCAACUGUCUAAUGAAGAACGAUGAGAGGUCCAGAAGGCUGAGAAAUGCAAUGUUCAAUAAUGCGCGGAUUCGCAGAAAUUUACAACGUUGGUUGCCCGUGUUUGACAGGCGCGGUUUGCUUGACUUACAAGCUUAGGAUUUUUAAGGACAAUGUUAAAAAUUGAUUGUACUUUUGUUACUUAACAAUAAAUGUUUACCCUUUUGUUCUGGAAGGAAUGCGAACCUGUGAA